AUGAAGCUGAUGAUUUUUCUUUUCUGAAAGAAAAAAAAUAUAGCUCUCGUUUUUGCGAGACGCGAGUAUCCUAGACAACAACAAUGGCUGCCUACAUUGGUUUAUGAAUGAAGAAAUAUUUUUAUUGCCCUUUUUUUGCUGUAAGAUACUGGCAGUGGUGAUUCUGCAUUGAAACAGGGAAGAAAUUAAAGGAGAAAAAUGGUUUUAACAGAUCUUCCAUUUGAAAGAAAUGCCCUCAUACACAGCAGGUACAAUGCAAUCUGUCGACCAGGGAGUGCUCCACCAUUUAAGGCAGAUGAAGAAACUCACAGGUCUUCUUCCAAGGACUAUGCAGCUUUCCUCAAAGAUCAAGAGAGAAAAGUUGGACCAGAGGGGUUUUUAGAUUCUAACAGAUACUCGCACUCAUUCCUUAUAAAGAAAGAUGCCACUGGACGUCGUAGAGCUGCCAGUGUCUCAGGACAGCCCUCAGUGGUCACCCUGACCUCUCGUAUAGAGCAGGAUAAAAAGGGCUACCAAAGGCGAAUCAAAGUCAUAGAGGAUCAUAUGUGGCAACACAAACAAGAGGAGAGGGAACUAAAGAGAACAGAAGGGGAUAUCAUUAAAAAUCAGAGGGCAGUCAGACACACGCUCAGAGACUUUGAAAAUGCUAUAAACAAGAAGAGAAUGGCAGAAGAGAAGAAGCUUAGUCAGGGGCUGGAGAAAUAUACAGUGCUUAGAAAAGACCAUGUACAUAAAAAAGAAGAGAGGACCAAAGAGCGUACUAGGAAAACUAUUCUUGAAAAUCAAGAGUAUAGCCAAGAGAGUAGAAAGGCAUUUUUGCACUUGUCCGACUUAACCAGGCAGUAUAAAGCUAAGAUGAGUGAACUCGAGCUGAAGAGAAUGGACGUUAUGAGAAUGAGCUCCGAUUACGAGACCAAAAUGAAAAAGAAGGAGGAGGAACAGUUUCGACUGAAGCAAGAAUUAGCUGACCUUGCAAUCAAACUAAACAUGGAGGCUCAGAAAGGGAGAAAACAAAAGUUUGAUAUGGAAAAAGAAAAGAGGAAGGAGCAAACUAAAAAGAUACAAGAGGAUUUAACAGCUGAGAAGACUGUAGAAAAUAAACUAAUGAGAAGUGAUGGUGAUACAAAAGCAGCAGAAUCAACCAAAAGAAAACUCAGUGCUGAUCUUACUGUAACUAAAUCUCAUCUAGACAUCAAAAAACGAGACGAACAAAGACAUCUGACAGAUACUCAGUUUAGACUUGUAGACAACUCUAACAUACAGAAACAGUUAAAUGAAGCUGCUGAAUAUGCAGAGAUGGACCUUAAGGCAAAACAAAUAGAUAAAAAUGUAGAGGCUCAUAAUAUGAGAAGAAUACAUUUAAUGAAUUCAUCAUUGAAAGCCAGAAAAGAGAAAGGUGCUCAGCAUGAAGAAAUCUGCCAAUCUAGAUUCAAGAAGAGAUUCAAUGAUAAACAGCGCUUAGAACAUGAAGACUCCCUCAAGUUUUUCCAGAAAAUGGUGACAAAGGGUGAUGAUAUGGAGCACUCUUUGUACAAUAAGAUGAGGAAUGCCGAGUACGCUCGCCAGAAGCAGGAGCAAACGGUCAGACGAAUGCAGCAGCAGUUAGCGGAACUCAAGAGGAAGAAUGCCAUCCGAGUUAAAAACGAGCUCGCUGAAACUCACAGGGAAGAGACUGAGCUUGAGCAGUCACUUGUACGAGAAAAGGCAGAACUGGACAAGGUGCAUGCACAGAGAGAAGAGAGUUAUGAAAAAUUGCAGAAACAUCGGCAGAUGUUGAAAGAAGACAAACACAUCUUAAUGGAGCAUGAACGGGAGCACAACAGACUGCUUCGGAUAGGAGCAAAAACAGAUACAGCCACUGAAGCUUACUAAGCUGACUAGACUGUUGACUGUUAUUGGUUCAAAAGAAGACUGGCUGGUACCAUUUUUACCCCAGGUCCUGUGUGACAACUUUACAGUCAUCCAAGCAUUUUGUAUACAUUGUCUUCAUGAUGCUAACCCAGUGUAUCAGUUGAAUCAGGGUCACUGAAGUGUUUUGCUAGGGGCAGGGUCAUCUGAAUGUUUAAGAGUUGCAUGAAACCUGUAUUGUUCCCUUUCCUCUUGAUUCAUGGUUGAAUCUCUUGCAAGUAAACUGAAAGUAAAUCACAGUCAUAGUUUGCAUUUCACAAAAACAUAGGAAAAGCACAACCCUGAGAAAUUUAUUCUAGUCACCAACGUUCACAGACAGAAUUACAAACUGGUCAUUCUAUCAAUUCUAUAAUUGGUGGCCCUAAAUUCUGUUCAGAUUUAGUUAUAAUAUUAAGCACCUAAUUGGCUUUUACAAAAGAAUUGCUUAAUGUACUUAUGAAUUGAUUAAUUCAUUUGCAUUCUAAUGGUGUGUGUCUUGUAUGUUACUUAUCUUACUUAAGACAUUUACCCUGUACAGGAUAUGUGAGUUCUUUUCAAGUUGAACAGGAGAGAAUCAUUUUAACCAUGAUGCCUUACUUCUAGUUAAGGGUGUCAGUUUUAACUUCUAAAACUGGCUUUUAUUGCCAUUUUUUUGUCAUUACAAUGUUGAUUUUUUUCUUCAAAAUUGUAUCCUCUUUUAAUUUAAUCUUGUUUGCAAUACAUGUAUGUUUUACGAUUCAGACAGAAAUUAUAUAAGUAUACUAUUGGAGAGACAUUUAUAUGAAGUUUAGAACCAAAAAAUUUUAGAAUUGUAAACAGAUAUAGAAAAUAAUAUAGAAUGUGUGAAAAUGGAUCAGAUGACCUUAAAAAUUGACUGGAUGUAUUUUGUCACUUCUUUUUUUUUUAUGUUGAAUAGUAUUCAGGUGUCUUUACACAUUUGGAAGUGUUUGGUGCUAGAAAUUCAGGGACUUUUGCCCUAAACUGUCUCUAAAAUAACCUUUUUUAGCACAUCUGGUUAUCAGUGAGAAAAAAAGAUUACAAAAAUACAUUAGCAACUUGCAGUUGUGUAUAUAAUCUGGAAUCGGAACGGAUUAUUUCUGGGCAACAAAUUCAUAUUUACAAAUUCGCACAAAGUGAUCAGAAUUACAGUCUAUAAUCUGUCUCCUAAGAGAUGAAUAAUCCCAUAAAUUUAAUUCAUGUUAUAUUUAAUGUAAGUAUUAAAAUGACACAACCACAAUUAUAAUGUGACAAUUUGAUACAAAAUGUUUUAUUAGACAGUCAAUUUGGUGACAAAAUGAUGUUUUAAUCUGCAUUACUGGUAAAUUCAUGGGGUUUCAGAUGUCCUAAUAACACUACUUUAAUGGGGAAAUGAGAAGAUAAAGUGAUACUGAUUUAAUAGUCAGUCUAGAAUUGUGUUGUUUGCAUACAAUGUUACAGGAUAUAAGAACUGCCUUUUGUUGAAGUUUUGUUGCCUUUUUUUAAUGCAUGCUUUAAAAUAUCAGUCUCAUUGUGGUUGUUCUACAUAUAUUGAAGAAAUCAUUUUUAAUGGGAAAAUCUUUUUACUGCAUACAGAUACAAAGAGAAAAGUUUAUGUUGUGUUUUAAUCCAUGAGUAAAUCUGUAUUUUGAUUUAUGUGGAUGAAGAAUUUUUGUCUGUAUAUUUUCAAUCACUCUGUGCCUCCAUGUCAUGUGCCAACAUAAACUAGAUCUGUCUUGGGAUUUCAUUACAAGGCCUUUGCUUUGAAGAUGAUGUUAUUUGUGAUGUUAUACAAAACACAGUAAUUACUGUUUACUGAUUUAUGUCACAUUUUUAUUUUCUGGCUGUGAGAAUUUAUUUUUAUUUUGACAUACAUAUCUGUGUUUUUUUUUCUAACUAAGCAUACUCUUUACCUUGUGUUAAAAAUAAAAUGACUCAACUUUUUAAAAUUUAUACUAUUGUGAAUUUUUUUGGGUCUAAAUUGUGUGCCAAGUCAUCAUGUGUGCCAAGUCAUCAAACAUUUUUACAGUAAGUACGAUUAUGUGACUCUAUAUUGGACGGUGUGCUUAUGCACUAAGAAAAUAAAGUUGCAUGUCGGCUGGGUUAUAUGUCUUGUAAAAUGCCAGA